GCCUUGUCCAUCCAAAAUCUUAUCCAAUUUAUCACAGCAAUUUCCCCAAAAUAAAAAAACCCUGACAUUUCUAAGAAGAAAGAGUUUCUUGUUGAAGGAACUGGUUGCAGUGCAUCCCCAGCAAUGGCGACUAGCUCGGCCUACCUCGGCUCCGCCAGCUUGUUCAGACUCGGCUCGGCGAGCACCCGAAGAAGGCUGAGAGUGAGGAUGACCGCCGAGCCGCAGCGGCUGCCGUCCAAGAGCAAGAACAUGGCCAGGGAGUACGGCGGCCAGUGGCUAAGCAGCACGACCCGCCAUGUCCGGAUCUAUGCGGCGUACAUCGACCCAGUGACGAACGCGUUUGACCAGACCCAGACCGACAAGCUCACCCUCAUUCUUGACCCUACUAAUGAGUUUGUUUGGAGCAAGGAGAACUGUGAGAAGGUCUACGCCUACUUCCAGGAGCUAGUGGAUCACUAUGAGGGUGCUCCGUUGGACGAGUACACACUUCGGUUGAUCGGAUCGGACGUCGAGCACUACAUCAGGAAGAUGCUGUACGAUGGGGAGAUCAAAUACAACAUGAACGCCCGAGUCCUCAACUUCAGCAUGGGCAAACCCCGCGUCAUCUUCAACGAUCCCCUCUCUCCCGCUACUUAGCAAACUUCCAUUUCAUUCUAUUCUGUAAAUAUUAUUUUACUUUUUUUAUCUAUUGAUUAUUAUGAAUUCAUACUAAUGCUUCUUCCAUCAAUGCAAAUAUAUUCUAAACCUUGUUCAUUAA